CUUCCCUCCUGCCCCUGUUCUCGCGAGAACCGCCGAGAGGCAGAAGCUGCUGCGAGGGACUCGACGCAAGUUCCAGAAAAUGUGUGCUGGGCGGUUCUUCCAAGCCUUCUGUAACCACCAUGUCAGGAGAUCACACAUCCUACAACGGUUCUGGUACAGACCUCCGCACUCACUAUGGAGAAAUUCUUCAACCUGUCCCUAUAAAGCUGUGAUCUUUGAUAUGGGGGGUGUUCUCCUUCCUUCCCCAAUCAAGCUGGCAGCAGACUGGGAGGUUCGGCAUCGUGUGCCCCCUGGCACCAUCAAGCAGGCCUUGAGAUCGGGAGGGGAGGACGGACCUUGGCUGAGGUACAUGAGAGGGGAGCUGCAGCCAGCAGAGUUCCUGCAUAAAUUUGGACAGCAGUGCUCCGAGAUCGCAAACUCCUCUGUCCCAGUGGAGUCUUUCCUUGCAGAUUUGACCAGCGUCAGAAUGUCAGGGCAGCUUCCCGUUAUGACUGAGGCUAUAAAGUGCAUCCGAGCAGAAGGCCUGAAGACGGCCGUCCUGAGCAACAAUUUCUAUUUGCACAGUGGAGAAAGUUUUCUGCCCCUUGACCGGCAGCAGUUUGAUGUGAUAAUUGAGUCUUGCCGAGAAGGAGUGUGCAAGCCGGACCUUCGUAUCUAUGAGUUGUGCUUGGAGAGACUGGGCGUUCAGGCCAAAGAGUCCAUCUUUCUGGAUGACCUUGGGCAGAACCUGAAAGCAGCUGCCCAGCUGGGCGUGAAGACAAUAAAGGUGAGCAGAGGUGCGGCCGUGUCAAAGACCGUCACCGACAGAUUUGUAAAACCAGCCUGCCUGACUCGCCUGCUCCCCUUCCUUCCUGGAGCCCAUGCUUGCUACUUCACCCACCUCUUGCCUCUCCCUCCCUCGCCUCAGGUUGAUGACCCGGACUCAGCAAUUCAAGAGCUGGAGAGCCACCUGGGCUUUGCCCUGAGAUCAUUUGUUCCUUACACGUGUUCCGUGAGGUCGGCAAUGCAGAUCCCCACAGCCCCUCUCCAGAAGUACAUUGAAAGCAUCCUGGGGGCUCCAGGGCCUCUGGUGCUACGGCAGUUCAGCCAUGGGCAGUCUAACCCUACCUACUGGAUCAGGUUUGGGGAUCGUCAGUUCGUUCUGAGGAAGAAGCCGCCAGGCCCCCUCCUUCCCUCUGCUCAUGCUGUGGAGAGAGAGUACAGGGUUUUGAAGGCUGUUGCAGAGGCUGGUGUUCCAGUUCCUAGAGUCCUUGCCUUAUGUGAAGAUUCAAGUAUCAUUGGCACCCCAUUUUACCUCAUGGACUACUGCACCGGACGGAUCUUCAAGGACCCCUCCCUCCCAGGACUGGAGCCCGGCCAACGGACAGAGAUUUACACCGCCAUGAACAGAGUCCUCUGUAAGAUCCACAGUGUGGACAUCAAGGCGCCCGGCCUGGAGGAUUAUGGGAAACAUGGUAACUACAUUCAACGGCAAGUCCAGACGUGGAGCAAACAGUACCGUGCCACAGAGACUCAUACCAUCCCAGCCAUGGAGAGGCUCAUUGCCUGGUUCCCGUCCCACCUGCCGGCCAGCGAGGGCCUCUCUGUUGUCCACGGAGAUUUCAGGCUGGACAACCUGAUCUUCCACCCAGAGAAGCCUGAGGUGGUCUCUGUCCUCGACUGGGAACUCUCUACCUUGGGCAACCCUCUUUCCGAUGUGGCCUACAACUGCCUGGCGUAUUAUCUGCCUUCCAGCUUCAGUAUCCUGAAAGGUUUGAGGGACUGCGACCUGAGCCGGCUAGGCAUCCCCACGGCAGAGGCCUAUUUCCAGAUGUAUUGCAAGCACAUGGGCACCCCAACCGCCGAGAACUGGAACUUCUACAUGGCCUUUUCGUUUUUCCGAGUGGCUGCUAUCCUACAGGGGGUGUACAAACGCUCGCUCACAGGCCAGGCCAGCUCAGCCACUGCUGGGAGCAGCGGGAAGCAGGCCGAGUUCAUGGCAGACCUCGCCUGGGAUUUUGCUACGAAAGAAGGCUUCCGGGUCUUCAAGGGACUUCCAACUCCCAUGGCCCCCACCAGGGCGUUCAGUACGUGGGCUGGCCUGAGGCCGUUCCCACGGAGCAGCUACUCCACGCUGGCUCCUGCUUCCAGGUUCCACCUGAUCAUCUCUCCGGACGGCCUGCCCAGCCGCGUCCAGGAGCUGCACCACAAAGUGAAGAAGUUCAUGGAGGACCUCAUCUACCCAGCCGAGCAGCUUCUGCGAGACCACCAGGCUUCCUCGAGCCGGUGGACCCCUCACCCCUUGAUGGAAGAACUCAAGGAGAAGGCAAAGUCUGAGGGGCUCUGGAACCUUUUCCUGCCGCUGGAGAGUGACCCGGACAUGAAGUACGGAGCAGGCCUCACCAACGUGGAGUACAGCCACUUGUGCGAGCUGAUGGGGAGCUCGCUCCAUGCGCCUGAGGUAUUCAACUGCUCUGCCCCAGACACGGGCAAUAUGGAGGUGCUUCUGCGCUAUGGGACGGAAGCACAGAAGGAGCGCUGGCUGCAGCCAUUGCUGGAUGGGAAGAUCCGGUCUUGCUUUGCUAUGACGGAGCCACAGGUUGCUUCCUCCGAUGCCACCAACAUUGAAGCUUCCAUUGUCAAGGAAAAAGACACCUAUGUCCUGAACGGGCGCAAAUGGUGGAUAUCAGGUUCCUUGGACCCUCGUUGCCAGCUCUGCAUCUUUAUGGGCAAGACGGACCCCACCGCCCAAAGGCACAAGCAACAGUCCAUGUUGCUGGUCCCUAUGGACACGCCUGGAGUCACCGUCGUGAGGCCGCUCAGUGUUUAUGGCCUGGACGACGCUCCAGCUGGCCAUGGAGAGAUGGCCUUCGACAACGUCCGUGUGCCCCAAGAGAAUGUCUUGCUGGGCCCUGGCCGAGGGUUUGAGAUAGCCCAGGGGAGGCUGGGCCCAGGAAGGAUACACCACUGCAUGAGGCUGAUCGGCUUUGCGGAAAGGGCGCUGGCCCUCAUGAAGGAGAGGGUGGCAUCUCGCGUGGCCUUUGGGAAGCCCUUGGCAGAGCAGGGCACCAUCCGGGCAGAAAUUGCCGAGUCCCGUGUUGAGAUUGAACAGGCCCGCCUCCUGGUUCUCAAGGCAGCACACUUGAUGGACACUGUGGGGAAUAAGGAAGCGGCUCUUGAGAUCGCCAUGAUCAAGGUGGUGGCCCCAAGGAUGGCUCUGCGCGUUGUCGACCGAGCAAUCCAGGCUUUUGGGGCAGCAGGACUUGGCAACGACCAACCACUGGCGCAGUUCUUCGCCUGGGCACGGGCUCUCCGCCUCGCCGACGGACCCGACGAAGUCCACCGGGCGGCCAUCGCUAAAAUGGAGCUCAAGCGCUAACGGAGCCCUGUCCAGGAGGCCACAUGAACCCCCAGCAAGCUAGAGUUGGGAAAAGGGCACUCCGUCUGCAGCUCCGGGGACCGGCGAGGUGUGGUGCUGGGGAGGUUAUAUGGAUGUGGUUUGCUUAUUGGAAAUCCAGUGUCUGUGCUGGUUUCCUUGGGCCACUGCAAUAAUUAUUGAGCUGAUUACAGAACGCACAAAGAAUCACAGGGGCCGGCCGGCAGCUAGUGAUGGACUCAACCGUGGGCUGAGAAGGCAACCCAGUUUCCUAGCUGUGACCUCUCGGGGUCUCUGCUGAAGAAUCUACACGGGUGCAUUCAGAGAUCCACAAAAGAAAUGAACUUUCUUCAUGUGGUGGGCGACUAUGAUGGGCAAUGGAUAUUGGAAAGCUACCCGUCACCUCUGAAGAAUCCUGCCUCGCUCGUGU